AUGGCGGAUAACAUAAAUAAAUUAGCUUGUCUAACCUUACCUCAAGAACCAGAAUAUCCCGAUCCUAUAAUAUCAACUGCCGUGGACUAUAUUAAUGACCAAGAAUACAAUACAUUAGAUAAUGAUC